CUUUUGAAUGUGCUUGAAGCUUCGCCGCGGCAAGAUCAGGGCCAGAGUCGGGGCCAGUGGUUCUCUUGUUCCUAGAUUUCCAUAGAUUUCCCAUAUCAAACGCUUUGGUGCAACGCCUGCCGCAGACCCCCGCGGCUCGAGUUUGUCCUGAACCAGAACAGGACGACUGUGAGACUCGCGAUGAAACCAGCUUUGGUGGAGGAGGAGGAGGAAGAUGUGCCCGAUGCGGGCAGCAUGAAAUCAUUCAGUGCAGGGAGCAAGAGCUUGCGCAAUCACACCCAGCAGAGUCAAGCCAGCCAUGCUACCAUAGGUAGCCGAAAGGCCUGUGAUGCAAUCCAGGGUGUGGCUCCUGGUGUUGAAGAAGAAAUGGUCGAAGUUGUUCUUCAAUUUGGCUCGGAGGGAGAGAAUGGCGAGGUGGCGAGGGAGAAAUCCAUGCACCUCCCCAUGAGAUGUAAUUAUUUUGAAGCUGCUGAAAGACUUCCGACCAUGGCAGCUCGCCAGACUCAUGCCACCCAAUCAAGUUGGGGUGGUGAUGAUGAUGAUGAUGGAGAGAAACGCCUAGAAAACCCUAAGUGUCUGACAGAUGAAGGACAGAUUCGGAGCAACAACAAGAACCCAACUCAUUCCAGCUAUGCCAGCAUCCCCAUUGGGCAAUCCAUGGAACAAGAUGACCUGGAAGCAUGGGACGACAAUUGGGGGGGUGCCUUCGAAACCGCCCACUGAGCGGAAGCAUCCCAUUGAAGCCGCCCUGUCCAGGGAAGCCACCAAGUCAGAGAAGACUCCUUUGGCCGUUUCCCGUGGGAUUUGGUCGCGGAAUCGGCGGAAGUGCUGCUGCUGCUUCAGUCUGUCCUUCGGAGUUUUGGCCGUGGCCACCGGCAUCUUCUUGGGCCUUUUUUGGCCAAGAGAUCCGACAUGGAAGGUCACGAAGCUUCAAGUCGAUGCAGGGGAGCUGGGCACACUGGUCACCGCCGUCUCGGGUGGCUCCGCAGAGCUGGCACCCAAGAAGCUCAUGUUCAAAGCGGAGGUUGAGGUGCAGAAUCCUAACCUUUUGGGCGGUGACUGCGAAGAAGGGCAAGUUCAAUUCACCUAUCAAGGCGGUCAAAUGGGUGUGGGGAAGCUGGAUCCGGCUAGCGUGCCGGCACAGUCUUCAGUGGAUCUCAAUGCAGAGUUGACUUUAGACAUCUCCUCUGAGUUUGUGAAGAGCUUUCAAUCGGAGCUUGAAGCCGAUCGUUCCUUCCUGACCUUCAAAGCAUAUGCGCAGUCAAAUGUGGCCAGCAGUCUUGGUAUCCAGGUCCAUUUGCGGGUGGCUUGUGACAUCGAUGUGUCCCUUUCCUUCCUGAUGAUGAGGGAGACCCAACACAGGGCAGUCACCGGGAGGGGAUGUCGAUACACCUUCUUUUAGCCUUUGGCCGCCACGUUUUCGGAGCUGACACUGCCCCCCAGGCAGGGUUCGGACUGACUGCUGCAAAACAAAUUAACAGGCCACGGUCAGACAGAUCUCCCAUGAUUCGAUUUGAGCCUGGCUAGUAGCUUUGCAGCCUGAAAGCGUGGUUCUGAAGGGCCGCUGUGCACUGCCAGCUAAGCUGUCCUGGUGCCAGCGAUGCACGUCUCAAUGUGUCUCCAUCAGUGAGUGUUAUCACCACCAACAUGCGGGGUGUUAACGCCCAUUUUCUCCAGGCUACGAAUGCCUGGUAGAUAUAUAUAUAUAUAUCAAGAAGAUAGGAACAAUCGCGA